GCUUCUUUCUCUCUCCUAUUUUCAUGCUUCUUUAGCGGUUUCGCCCUCUCUCUCUCUCUCUCUCUCUCUAAUUCUCUCUCUUCAUGCUAUGAUCGGUCUAUCAUUGUAUUCAUCUUCUCCAUUCUGAUUUUCUUCUCUGGUUCUCGUUACGUGAUUCUCAUUCUGCACUCCUCAUAUGCUGUUGCUCUUUGUUUUCUGCCCUUUUAAGUUCGAAUCAUUUGCUUGUUGAAUUCAACUGGGGACAGCUCAAUUUUGGAAUUUGGGUCCUCUGAUUUGUUCAAUUUAGGGUCUGACUAUCUUUUCUCCCUAGUUUUUGAGCUUCUUAGCUCGUCUCUGGCACCAAAUGGAAUUUGAUUUCAGUAUUUCCUCACACUGCUCAUUUUUCUGAGUGAUUCAGCGUUGGUUUCUCUUUAGAAUUUGAUUCGACACAGAAUUUCUGCUCAAUUCAGGGCGUUACCAUUCUGUUUGUAUAGUUGUGAGCUAUUGGCAAAAAUUUGUUGUGAGAUCAGAGUAAUAGAGAUGAGUCACAUGACUAAUGAGAGCGAAGAUGAGAUGCUCUCCAAGGAUCAAAUUGGGUCACCUUUAAUUGACGAAGGCAACUGUGUAGGUAAUGCGAAUGGGGGAUCUAUUUUAAAGAAAGGACCCUGGACAUCUGCAGAAGACGCAAUAUUGGUGGACUAUGUCAAGAUGCAUGGAGAGGGGAACUGGAAUGCUGUUCAGAAGCACUCAGGGCUGUUACGUUGUGGGAAAAGCUGCCGCUUACGAUGGGCAAAUCACCUGAGGCCAAACUUGAAGAAGGGGGCAUUCACCGCAGAGGAAGAGCGUCUGAUCAUUGAAUUGCAUGCCAAGAUGGGAAACAAAUGGGCACGGAUGGCUGCACAUUUGCCUGGACGAACAGAUAAUGAAAUAAAGAAUUAUUGGAAUACCCGAAUCAAGAGGUGUCAACGUGCUGGAUUACCUCUCUAUCCUCCUGAAGUGUGUCUGCAAGGAUUGCAAGAAACUGGAGAAAAUCAAUAUGCUAUUGGAGAUGGAACACAUCCUGAUCUCUUGCAAACUGACAAUGAUGAUAUACCUGAUGUCAUUUUUGACAGUUUAAAGGCAAAUCAGGGAGUCUUACCUUAUGUCCCGAAACUUCCUGAUAUAUCUGCAUGUAACAUGCUGAUGAAAGGUCUUGGUUCUUCGCAAUAUUAUAGUUUUGUGUCCCCAAAAGUUAAUCUCCGGAAGCGUCUUCGAGAAUCAGCAACCUCAUUCUCUGGUUACGACGGUAGUGUAAGAAAUGAGUCCCUACCAGUUGACCAGACUCAGGAUGAUAGUUGUAAUAAUGAAUUUUCUCAAUUCUUUGGGUUCUCUUUUCCGUUUGACCCUGACUCUUUUACUAAGAACUUGUUACCUUUUGGUAUAAACCAGGGCAGCCAUUCCCUCUUAAAUGGUAAUUUCUCUGCUUCUAAGCCCACUUCCAGGGCUGUGAAGUUGGAGCUCCCUUCACUCCAAUAUCCAGAAACUGAUUUAGGUAGCUGGGGUUCAUCUUCUCCGCCACCAUUACUUGAGUCAGUGGAUGAUUUCAUUCAGUCUCCCCCAUCAUCUGGGAUACUUCACUCUGAUUGUCUAUCACCAAGGAAUAGUGGCCUAUUAGAUGCCUUACUGCAUGAGGCAAAGAGUCUGAGCAAUGCAAAGAAUCGAUUGUCAGAGAAAAGUCCAAAUUCUUCUAGUAUUACUCCUGGUGAUAUAUCAGAUAAUUCUGCCUUGAAUAUGUGUGAGGCAAAAUGGGAAGACUUUGGUGAAUCCAUAUCGCCAUUGGUUAAUUCCACACCGUCGAUUUUCAGUGAAUGCACUCCUACAAGUGCAGGUGGAAGUUCGUCGGAUGAGAAGCCCUCUGUGGAAACCUUUCCUGGGAGCAAUGUGAAGUCAGAACCAGUUGACAAGGCUUGGACCCUGGAUGAAGAAAGCAAAAAAAAUUUGACACAACUGGAUCUUUCCAGGCCUGAUGCUUUACUUGGUUCAUGUUGGCUUGAGCAACGUUUUGUGUGCGCUAAGGACCAAGGCAUCAUGACUGAUGCUAUAGCAGCGAUUCUGGGUGAUGAUUUAGCUAAUAACCAUAAGCACUUGGCUGCUGCAAGUGCAUCAAAUCAAGCAUGGAGGUUUGGUUCUUGCACUUGGAAUAACAUGCCUGCUGUCUGCCAAAUGUCUGAGCUUCCUUGAAACCAGCCUUUUUCGUCGAAUUCCUGAACUUUUUUUUUGUCCCUCCCAUGUUUUUGUUGAAGAAUUGUUUGAAUCAGACAUGAGCAUCUCCUGUGUUCAGAUUAAUCUGUUGCAGGAACGCUAUGAUGUGCACGGGUUGUGGUUUGGUUUUUUUUUUUUUUUUUUUUUUCUUAUUUACUUUUUAGGCUUUGUAUUCUUGUUUUCCAGAUAAGUGUUUUGCGUGUAUGCCAACACGAAAACUUGUUGGGGGCAUACGAAUGCAUCCAAACUUCAGUUGUGAUUGUAGAAUAACUAUGCACCUUCCAUGCCGAUUGUGGUUCAUGAUUUUUGGUUAUUUGAGAAUUUUGAUUUAACAUUUGGAUGCUUC